AGUUACCCAUACUGUCAUACAGCUACUCAGGACAGGUGUGUGACUGAUACAACACACAGAACUGGCUGCAGUGAUUUUUUUGUCUCUUUUACUACACCGGAGGGGAAAAACUGUACAUGCAACAGCUUGUUUUCUGUGCAUCAGGGCAAUGAGAUAAGAUCCAACAUUACUCUCUCAAUGGAAACACAGGCAAACAUUGAAAUGUCACACACAGAGAAACAAGAGGAGAUAAGCAAAGACGCGAUUAAGGAUCUGACAGAGGAACAAUUCCUUAAAGAUCUUUACCUGUUCAUGAAGACAAAAGAUACACCCAUAGAAAGAAUCCCAAAUCUGGGCUUCAAACAAAUUGAUCUAUUUCUGAUGUACAAGGUUGUCAGAGAUUUGGGUGGCUACCACCAGGUGACUGCUCAGCAGCUGUGGAAACAAGUGUACAACACGCUGGGAGGAAACCCUCGAAGCACAAGUGCAGCCACCUGCACCCGCAGACACUACGAGAAGCUGCUUCUGCCAUACGAAUGCCAUGUGAGGGGCGCAUUGUUGAAUGUGUUGCCUUGUCUUCAACCAAAGCACUUUGUCUUUCCUAACUGCAGCAAAAACCAUGUUGAUGGCCAGAGGCCAAUUAAACGCAAGCUGCCCUCAAUAUAUCUGUACCAGAACCCUAAUGACGUCCAGCCAGACCCACACGAGAGUGUCUUCCCUCUGCAACCCCAUUUCCCUCCCUACUAUCAAUUUAGCAAUGAAGUUUUGCCCCCCCAUGUUCCUAUGUACUCCUCGAUAUUAACACCACAUAAGGCCCCUGCCCCGAAGCCCUGGGAUCCUUUGUCUCGAUCUUGUAUCAACCUAACAGACACGAUUCAGGAGCCACUGCAACAGCUACGCUUUCUGGCAGAACAGUACAAGACAACAUCUGGAUUGACUGAGCCUCUGAACCUUAGCGUUAAUAAAGCCUCAGGGCGGGAAACCGACAGCAGCCCUGCCUCAUCGUUUACGGCUCCUUCAUCCAGCAAGAAUCCAAAGUUCUUGAACAAGCCCUCCCCUUUAUAUAGUCCUCAUCACCAGCAGGUGGUGAGAGAUGACGGAUGUGAGGUGGAAGAUGGUGAAGCAGAUUUAGGAGACACACCAUAUUCAUAUCCUGUGAACGCCAAAGAGGCAUAUGCCGUCGAUGUCGAAGCCAUAACAGCGUCAAUCAGCCCUACAUAUGAGUCUGCUCCGACACUCAGAACAGAUGAAGGCGCUCCCACAAUGGCACAAAAACCCAGCUCUCCGAAGACAGAUUUAACAAUCCAGCCAAAACAAGAGAGGGAGGGUAGUCCAGAAGUAAGAGAGCUCAAUCUGAGUCACAUGCUGCCUGGCAUCCCUCAACAGAAUGGAGGCAAGAUGGAAAUUGAGGUACCGCUGUCUGUGUUCAAUAACUGGCUCAGGCUGAGUGGGUCUUCAGCUUUGAAUCAUGGAGCUAAGCAGCUACCCCCUCUUCCUCAUCAGGAGGGAUUCUCCAGACAAGGAAAGUACUCAGACACAAAUGUCCUCCCCCACAACCUGACAUAUCAAAUGAAUCCGAGCUUAACCGCUGAGGAUCUUAGGCUGUGGCGAAGUAAAUUGCCAAGUCCUAUACCAGCCACCCAAAGUACCAGUCAUCCCUACAACACAAACCAAAACCACUUCACCACCUACGAGCCUUCGUCAUCAGGUGGUAUUCUGAAACAUGCAGCCAGCCGGGUUACCUAUCCAUUUGAUCCGCAGGGAAUUAAGAAGUUGUACUGCUCAAAACCCCCAAUUUCCUGGGAUGCCUACAAAGUAACCCAGGCUUCCCCCAUCCAAAUCAACACGGAUCCUAGUCCCCUCACAGUUCAGCAAGACUUUACAGCCUCUGUGUCCUACAAUGGAAACACAAUGCACCUCACCUAUGAAGAGGUGAUGAAGCUGAAGAAAAUGCUUUCAAACUCAUCGUGAAGAUCAGUCAGAAAGUCCAACACCACAUUAGAGCUUUACCAAGGUACAUUCCUCUUUCAUAUGGUGGUUUUUACUGAAGUUCAUUGUCUCUCAAUAUUAAGUGUCAAAUUACCAACCUUUUAAUUAUAUUAAAAGUGAUUGAUUAAUAAUAAUUAAUUCAUCUGUAUAUCUGUGUAUAUAUACGGUCUGCUUAUAUGAGAGUGUUUAUUGUGUAAAUAAGUUUGUAUUAUUACGAUUAUAACUAAUUCAAUGUUUCCCUUUUCUUAAAAUACUAUCUGUAUAUUUUUUCUACUAUGUCUAUUUAAUGGGUAUUUGUGUUGUUCUGAUGUUUGCAUAUUUUUUUUUCUUUUGAGCUGCUGUAACACAAACUUUAUUAGUCCCGCACUGGGGAAAUUCCUGUUUUAUUAUCUUAACUUAUCAGCACAGCUUGAUUUACAAGAAAUAUGCACUUUGCACUUUUUUCAAGUUUGCUUGUACAGAAAUAUUAUUUGCAUAAUACAUUUAGCACUUAAUUACAAUGUCAUGUAAAUUAAAAUACAUUAAUAUAAAUAAAGAAGUUUGAGAG